UCCAUCGAUAGUGACAAAACCCUCAAAAGAAGAAAAGAUUACUUUCUCUCUGUUUGUACAAACCUUCACAUCGAUGGACUCACGGGCCACCUAAACACACCAAACCUCAUCUCCUUCACUCAGCCACAACCACUGGUUGGAGAAACCCUACAAUGGAAGAAGAAGAAGCAAGAGCUUCGGUGGAUAUAUGGAGAUAUGUGUUCGGAUUCACUGACAUGGCCGUCGUGAAGUGUGCCAUCGAGCUCAAGAUUCCAGAAGCUGUCGAGAGCCAUCCGUCACAGCCCGUCACUCUAGCCGAGCUCUCCACCGCUGUCGCUUGCUCUCCGCCCCUCCUCGGCCGUAUCAUGAGGUUUCUUUCCCACCAAGGCAUCUUCAAAGAAGUUAUUACCAAAGAUGGCCUUGUCGGCGGCUACUUAAACACACCUCUCUCUCGCCUCAUGAUGAGCUCGAACCGUGACGACAAAUCAAAGGCUCCUUUGAUUCUCAUGGAGAGCAGCCCCGUGAUGCUGGCGCCGUGGCUGAAGCUGAGUGCCGUCGUCUCCAACGCUGCCACCGAGGAGGGCUCGCAGCCCUUUGAGGUGGUGCACGGGAAGGAUGUAUGGGCCUACUGUGCAGAGGAUCCGAGACACAGCGAGAUGUUCAACGAGGCGAUGGCUUGUGAUACAAGGCGCUUGGUCCCUGUGAUCGCCGGCGCAUGCUCGGACGUGUUCGAGGGGGUGUCGACGGUGGUCGACGUUGGUGGCGGGAAAGGUGACGCACUGGGGGUUUUGGUGAAGGCGUUUCCAUGGAUCAAAGGCUUCAACUUUGAUCUUCCUCAUGUCGUUGAAACUGCUCUAAAGUUCGAUGGCGUUGAAAACGUUGGAGGCGAUAUGUUCGAGCGUGUUCCUAACGCCGACGCGGUUUUCAUCAAGUGGGUUUUACACGACUGGAACGAUGAAGUAUGCAUAAAAUUACUGGAGAAAUGCAGAGAAGCGAUCCCCAGGAAGGGAGGGAAGGUGGUAAUAGUGGACGCUGUGGUGGGAGAGAAGAAGAAGGGCGACAGGUUAGAGUACGCGAGACUGAUGCUGGACAUGGUGAUGAUGGCUCAUACGACCAGAGGCAGAGAGCGGACACUGGAAGAAUGGGAUCAUGUUAUUACCGAAGCUGGUUUUGCUCGGUAUGAAGUGCGAGACAUAGACGAUAUUUCAUCUGUUAUCAUCGCUUAUGUGUCUAUAUAGAUAUGUAUUGUCCCUCCUCAACAUCCCUUGCUCACUGAAGCAGGUCUCCCCCGAUCAUGAUCCAGUAACACAAGAAGACCUUUCAUCCCUCCAAAUUCCCCAAACUCAGGUUCCCCUAUCAUCAUCUCAUAUUUCUCUGCAUAGGGAAUGCAUGUCUGGUUCGAAAGAACUUGUUCAAGACAAUCAACCAUCUCCACCGACAUAGUUUCUACACCACCAACUAUUUAUCAUUGUCAACAUUCUGUUUUGAUUGGGACGAAGAAUUAGUGGCAGAAACGCAACGAAUUCUACACGCUCGUUCCUCCACUGUAGCUACAACUCAAGAUUUUCGGUAUAACCUUCACUCUUGUGUUAAUAAAGUCUUCUUUGAUUUCACACUAGUCGGGAAAGGUUCGUAAGGAAAAAGGUAAACUUUAGAUUUUUACUCUUGAUUAUAAUUUUUUGAAUAUUUAUCUCCCUGUAUGUGAAUGGAUCAUAUUUUUUAGGCCAA